CGAUCCUCUCCAACCUUGUCACCCAAGGGAGAAAAAAAAAAAAAAAGACUCCCGCAGCCCAAACCCCCACCCCCCCUAUCCUUUUGUUUUUGGAUAGCUCCAAAACCAUUUCUAAAGCUCGGUACGAGGAAUACCAUCACCAACGCCAAAGGAAUCUGUCUCGAAGAAAAAGAGGAGAGAAGAUAACAAUGGGAAAGAGAAGAGAUGCUGAGGCUGAGCUCAACCUGCCACCUGGAUUCCGGUUCCACCCGACCGACGAGGAGCUCAUCGUUCAUUACCUCUGCAAGAAGGUGACCUACCAGCCCCUGCCUGUGCCGAUCAUCGCCGAGGUCGAUCUCUAUAAGUAUGAUCCUUGGGAGCUUCCAGACAAGGCAUUGUUUGGACAAAGGGAGUGGUAUUUCUUCACCCCUCGUGAUCGCAAGUACCCGAAUGGCUCGCGGCCUAACAGGGCUGCCGGGAAGGGAUACUGGAAGGCGACGGGGGCUGAUAAGCCGGUGGUGCCGAAGGGGAGCACCAGGGCUCUUGGGAUCAAGAAAGCCUUGGUGUUCUACUCUGGAAAGGCACCGAGAGGAGUCAAGACUGAUUGGAUCAUGCAUGAGUACAGGCUUGUUGAUAAAAACCGAGCCACCAACAAGGGAAGCCAAAGGGUAUGUCGUGCCAACCAGAGACGCAAUAAACCUUUUGGGCACUACUCUAUGAAUAUAAGAUCUAAUGAAAAGAUUCAUGACUUCAUGCAGCUUGAUGAAUGGGUUCUAUGCCGGUUGUACAACAAGAAGAACAGCUGGGAGAAGAUGCACCAACAAAAGGAGGCAUCAUUUGGAGAGACAAUGGAUUCUUUAGAUGACACCGGAUCGGACAGCUUCAGGACACCCGAAUCAGACAUAGAUAACGAUGUCGUGCUCCCGGACUUGGACGAUAUGUUUCAGCCUGGAGCUUACCCAUCCCAAGCUUCCAACGGAAUUCAAGCAAUAAGAGCCAGCAACACAGCUGUGUAUCAGCCAGCAAUGGAGCAGCGUCAGAAAGAAGAGAACGAGUGGUUCAUGGACUUGAAGCUGGAUGACUUGCAGACUUCAUACAUGGCUUUUGGAUCCACAACCGCUCCAGAUAUAUUGAACCAGGAUUACUACAGCUCCAACCUUCUACAACCGAGGUCGAACCAGAAUGACUUGCCGCCCUUCUAAAGCUGGAAAUAACAGCUGUAUAUAAGGGUGAAUAGGCAGAGGGAGAAAGAAGAAUACAAUCUAGUGGUAGGACAAAGUUUCAAAUGAACUCUGUAGGAUUCUUUUGUUUGAUUUCAUCAGCUCUAUAUAGAUGAAUCCAUUCAUGAGCAAUGGGAUAGUGGCUUAUGUACAUAUGAUAAUGUAAUUUUGUGGUAGAACUUUUGUUUGAUUUAGUUUGUCCAGUGGUGGAUCUAUCGUGUUUUCAAUUGUAGAAACUUGUUAAAGGAAAUUUAACAAGAUAUAGUUGGAUAAA